UCGGUAGCUUAACUUCACUCAAACACCAAAACCCAAAUCCAGAAUUCGUUUUUCUGAAGUACCCAUUUCGAAAUUUGGAAACUUUUUCAAAUAUAAUGUAGUAGGGUUUCAGGGGAAAAUGGUUCUGGGAUGAGAGUGGGGAAGAUGGAGCAAACGUGGUUUGAACCGAUGCCAAGAAAGAGAGUUCCGAUGAGGGUCUGGUUAAGCGUACAAAAAUCAAUGGGUCUCCUCGUGGGUGGGAAUCACACCUCUUCCAGGUUUUGCACUCGCUAAUUUCUUCUUUUGCUCUGUGUUUGGCUGUCUUUAAUUUCUCUUGGUUUCUUGAAUUUCAAUCGAUCUGUUUGAUCAAAGAUUUCUAUAUCGCAUUGCUGUUAACUGCAUAGAAAAAGGGUUAGUAAUGGAUCUUAAGGACUUGGCGUUUAAGAUCUUUCAUGGGUCUUACGCGAUACGUGUGCUGUUACGCGCUUUUGUGUUCGCCUCUGCUCUGUCAGUUAUUCCUUUGCUGCAAAUUUUGCCUCAGGAUGAUCCAGGAAUGUUCAAUUCCUUUGCCCCCAACGGUUGUGCCUGUGAAUCCAAUAUCUCGAGUCCACUUCUGUUUUCUGGCACAAAUUUGAUUUCUUGUAUUUGGGGUUCAGUUGGGUCAAUCCACUGUAAUGAAGAUGGGAACUUGACAGUGAGUGUGGUUAGGGAGCUAAUGGGUAUACAAAUGUUAAGCUAUGAUGCAAGAGCUCUCUGUGUUGGCGAAGGUUCGGCUGCUGCCAUUCGAGCGUUGAGAGAUUUGGGAUUCUCCAAUGUCUGUGGUGUCUAUAGACACCCAAUUUUCUCUUCUCUGAAACGCAAGAAAUUUAUCCAUGAGCUUGAUUACAAUGACAAUUCCUUGGAUUUUGUGUUCUCCAGGGACCUAGAUAAGGUUUCUGUCCCUGCACUUCUUGUGCUCGAGAUCGAGCGAGUUCUUAGACCAGGUGGCAUUGGUGCUAUGCUUGUGAGGACCAGUGGAGUUGAACAAAAUAGUUUGGUUAGGUCUGCGACCCCAAUUUCUUCAUUACUGAAAGCUUCCAGUAUUGUGCAUGUUGCUCACUUGAAUCAGCUUACACUAGUGGUCUUCAAGAAGAAACUUGAAAAUUUCUCUCUUGUUGAUCAGUAUCGCCUUCCUGCAGAUUGCCCAUCCAUCACAAAUGGUAAGGCCUUCAUGAAUCACAUUGAGCCUUUGGUGCAAGAAAAACCAAUGGGUUUCAACAAAAUGAUUGCUUAUUUGCCCAAGUUUAUUGAUGUUUCAUCUAAGAGACGUUUGGUGUAUGUUGUUAUUGGGGCGGGGGAGCAUUUGAACUCUACCGAUGUUUCAAGCUGGUUCUUGCCAUCUUAUCCAGUGGAUCACAAAGCUUUCAAUGUUUAUUUUGUUGACCACAAUACUUCAGUGAUGCUCUCGUAUGUCAAAACCCCUGGUAUCACCUUUGUUUAUCAUCCAGGUCUUUCUGGGAAUAGAGCUCCAGUAGAUCCUGAUAUUGCUGAUGAUUGGGAUCCAGCAGUGGAAGAUGAAGGGUUUGACUUCCUUCUAUGGUUUAAAGAAACAGUGCAAUAUGCAGACUUUGUGGUGCUGAAGAUGAAUGCUGGGGCAGUGGAGUUGAAAUUCCUCUCGGACUUGUUUGAUAGUGGUGCCAUAUGCUUCGUUGACGAGCUGUUCCUUCACUGCUCAGAUGGUGUGAUUGGCAAUAAAGCACUAAAGAAAGACUGCAUGGACCUGUUCAAGGUUCUCAGAAGUGCUGGUCUUUUCGUCCAUCAGUGGUGGGGAUACUAGACCCCGUUAAUGUAUGGUGGACCUAAUUUCGGAUGUUUGUCAGUGUUUGAAUUGUGUGUGUACUCAUCCUGCUUGCAGGCGUUGCUGCUGUUAUGCAUCAUUGCCGUGUUGUUAUUCUUCCCUAUCUGGUAUGUUGGGAAGAUGUCUUGUUUGAAUAAUCUGUGUACUCAUCCUGCUUGCAGGCGUUGCUGUUGUUAUUUAUUGUUGCUCGUGUUGUUGUUGUUGUUGUUGUUCCCCAUCUAGCAUGUUGGGAAGGUAUGGAAGACUUUUAAGUUGCCUUAUGGUUGGGCACUAAUACAAUAAAUAACCAUUAUCAUU